AUGGUUGGAUUAAUGUUAAGUCAAUUGACCCACCACAAAUAUUUUUCCUAUACACCAUUCAUCCCUUACCCAACAUUUAUAUUCUCUUAAAACACCCUUUAUUCUCUAUCUCUAGAAACUCACUAGAAAAGAUAGGGUUAUUAGUACUUAAUUAGAAGAAAAAACUAGCUUAAUUAGUUAGAGAAGGAAGAAAAUAUGGGUAGAUCUCCAUGUUGUGAGAAAGAACACACGAACAAAGGUGCAUGGACUAAGGAAGAAGAUGAGCGUCUCAUGAAUUAUAUCAAAGCUAAUGGUGAAGGUUGUUGGAGGUCACUUCCGAAAGCUGCUGGUUUACAAAGAUGUGGAAAGAGUUGUCGAUUAAGAUGGAUAAACUAUCUUAGACCAGAUCUUAAGAGAGGAAAUUUCACUGAAGAAGAAGAUGAACUCAUAAUUAACCUUCAUAGCUUGCUUGGGAACAAGUGGUCUUUAAUUGCUGCAAAAUUACCAGGAAGAACAGAUAAUGAGAUCAAGAACUAUUGGAACACCCACAUCAAAAGAAAGCUUCUAAAUCGCGGAAUCGACCCACAAACUCACCGUACACUUAAUUCCACCACUACGACUACAGCCGCCACAGCCAACAACAAUACCAACACAGGUCCUACAACAAAGAACGUUGUAAGCAAUAAUAAUUGCUACAACAAAAAUAAGAUGAAUAACAACAAUAGUUUCCAAUUGAUCAAUGUACAAGGUUCAACGUUACAUUUUGGCCUAGGAUCAAAUCUCGAGUACGAGUUUACAACAAGUAGUAACGAUGGAAAAUACUAUUGCACUACUUUUCCUAUUAGUAGAACGUUCAACAAUGUUAGUGAACAUUCUAAUAAUAGUAGUAGUAAGAGUGUUGUGACCAUGGAAGAAGGUUACAAAGAAAUUAACCUCGAAUUAUCGAUUAGCCUUCCUACCACCCCCAAGAUUAAUUCGGCUAGUCAUGAAAUCACGACGAGCCAACAACAACGACAACAACAAUACACGACAACGUAUCAAGUUAUUGGGACGGCCACCAGUAUGCCCGUUUUUACUAAAAAAGGAAGUGUAUGUUUGUGUUACAAUUUAGGGUUUCAAAAUAAAGGUAACCAACAGUGUCACUGUGCUAUGACAAUUGGCUACUACAACUGCAACAGCAGCAAUGUGUAAUAGUGGUCAAAUAUGAAUCAACUUCAAGAAUUAUUACACAAACUUAAGAACUUUUUAUUACUUCAUCUAUGAUAAUGUGGCUUAAGUACUAUU